GUUUCCAGCCGCGGCUGCGAUAAGUGACCCUCCUGAGCGUUCCUCUUACACGAGUGGUCUUUUGUUUGACCGUUGGCUGUGAACGAGCUUCCCCGGAAUUUUACAGUUAGGCCGCGCUCUUACAUUAGGUUAUUACCUGAUACGAUAUACGAGUGUUAAGAGUUUCCUGGUUGCACACGUAGAGAGGCCAAGCAGUGCACAUUAAGUAGCCUGGCUGAGUUGCUCUGUUGAAUCUCUCCUAUAUAUUUCCUGUCUGUGAGAUGAUGUCUUUGAUAGAUUUCACGCAGAAGAGGCUUUAGCAUUACCGUAUUGAAAAGAUUAUUCCAGCAAUCCCACAAGGGACUUAUUGGAGCCUGAAUUGGGCUCAGCUCUCUCAAAGCGUUUUUCUGAGGAAGUAGCUUUGUCUCCAGCUUCUUGUAUCUACUUCUGUGCUCUGGGAUGGCAAGGGUUGUAAGUCAUGGAUGAAGACUGCAGUAAUGUACUUGGUCCUGACUCACAGUGAAGGUUUUGGGGCUGUGACUCAGUGUUGAACUAGUAACAGAAGUUGGACUAUAUGUCAAGUAUCUGAUCUUGGGAUUGAUGUCUCCUCUUUUAUAGGAAAGGUGUAUUCUGCACAGCUGAGAAACUUUGCUUUAGCAAAAAUGUGAGGAUCAGUGAGUAGCAGCAGUCAGUCUGAAUGUGGUUUAGAGCAAUAGGUGAAGUCCUGACCAGAAGAGAAAGGUGAUAUUUCCAAAAUUAGCAGGCUGUUGGUACCUUGUGUGUUCAUCUUACACAUCUGUUGAAGAAUAACUGAAAUGACAACCUGAAGCAAUUUUGGAAGAAGCUGGACCAAGCAUUUGAAAGGAGAGGAAAGGUGUUAGAAAGCCGUUAACGGUGGAAUAUUACAGUGCCGUAGAGAUGUCAUAUAAACAGCAUUUUUCUUGAAUAUCCUGAACUCUUGAGUGCUUAGCAGUACUGAUUUCAGCUUGGUAUAUUGGCCCUUUUCCCCCAAAGCACUUGGGUUACUAAUUGUUAAAAUUUAUCUUGGACUUAUUCCAAAAAUAGUUGGACUUCUAUCUAUAUUAUGCAUGUCUAGAUUAUGAUUCAUUAAAUUACCUGUAAAAUGUAUUUUUUUAAAACUGUAGUUGCUAUACCUAAACGUAUGUUCUUAUUGUAUGUUUUAGUAGCCUCCUCAGUCUACUUGAAUGUAGUAUGAAUUUUUGAAAUUUUUCAGCUGGGAGAAAAUGACUGCAAUCAAGCAUGCUUUACAAAGGGAUAUUUUCACUCCCAAUGAUGAACGCCUGUUGAGCAUUGUGAAUGUAUGCAAAGCAGGCAAAAAGAAGAGAAACUGCUUUUUAUGUGCCACGGUGACAACGGAACGUCCAGUGCAAGUAAACGUGGUAAAAGUGAAAAAGUCUGACAAGGGAGAUUUCUACAAAAGACAGACUGCGUGGGCGCUUCGAGAUCUUGCUGUGGUUGAUGCCAAAGAUGCUGUUAAAGAAAAUCCUGAAUUUGAUUUACAUUUUGACAAAGUGUACAAAUGGGUGGCAAGCAGCACAGUGGAAAAGAACACUUUCAUUUCAUGUAUCUGGAAGCUCAAUCAGAGAUAUCUUAGAAAGAAAAUUGACUUUAUUAAUGUUAGUUCACAGCUUUUGGAAGAACUACCUAAAGUUGCAGAAGAAUCAGUUCCAAGUGGAGAGAAUCAAAGUGUAGCAGGAGGUGAUGAAGAGGCUGUGGAUGAAUACCAGGAAUUAAAUGCAAGAGAGGAACAGGAUAUUGAAAUAAUGAUGGAAGGGUGUGAAUAUGCCAUCUCUAAUGCUGAGGCCUUUGCAGAAAAGCUGUCUAGAGAGCUACAAGUGCUAGAUGGGGCAAAUAUCCAGUCAAUCAUGGCCUCUGAGAAACAGGUGAAUAUUUUGAUGAAGUUGCUGGAUGAAGCUCUGAAGGAAGUUGAUCAGAUUGAGAUGAAGUUGAGCAGUUACGAAGAAAUGCUUCAGAGUGUAAAAGAACAAAUGGAUCAAAUUUCAGAAAGCAACCACCUAAUCCAUCUCAGUAACACCAACAACGUAAAACUACUGUCAGAGAUAGAGUUCUUAGUGAAUCAUAUGGACUUGGCUAAAGGUCAUAUAAAGGCCCUUCAGGAGGGAGAUCUGACAUCAUCUCGAGGCAUUGAGGCCUGCACUAAUGCCGCAGAUGCCCUUCUGCAGUGUAUGAAUGUAGCUCUUCGUCCAGGACAUGAUAUGCUUCAUGCAGUCAAAGAGCAACAACAGCGAUUUAGUGACUUGCGUGAACAAUUUGCACGGAGGCUUGCCAGUCAUUUGAACAGCGUGUUUGUUUAGCAGGGUCACGAUCAGAGUUCCACACUUGCCCAGCACUCUGUUGAAUUGACAUUACCCAAUCAUCAUCCAUUUCACAGAGAUUUACUUCGUUACGCUAAACUGAUGGAGUGGCUUAAGAACACAGACUACGGAAAAUAUGAAGGUCUGACGAAGAAUUAUAUGGAUUAUUUAUCACGGCUAUAUGAAAGAGAAAUAAAAGACUUCUUUGAAGUUGCCAAGAUCAAGAUGACAGGCACAACCAAAGAAGGAAAAAAGUUUGCUACACUGCCUCGAAAAGAAAGUGCUGUCAAACAGGAAACUGAGAGUCUCCAUGGAAGUUCUGGAAAACUGACUGGAUCUACUUCUAGCCUAAAUAAACUCUCUGUUCAGAGUUCGGGGAGCCGUAGGUCUCAGUCAUCCUCACUGUUGGAUAUGGGAAACAUGUCUGCCUCUGAUCUUGAUGUGGCUGAUAGAACAAAAUUUGAUAAGAUUUUUGAACGAGUAUUAAGUGAGCUAGAGCCUCUGUGUCUAGCAGAACAGGACUUCAUUAGUAAAUUUUUCAAACUACAGCAACAUCAGAGCGUCCCUGGAACAACAACGAAUGAAGCAGAGGAAAUGGAUGGAGGAACUUCAUGUCGAUCAUACGCUUCUGGUGGUCCUCAAACUAUAUCAUCUGAGAAGGAUAUGAUCCGACAAAUGAUGACAAAAAUAUUUCGCUGUAUUGAACCUGAGCUGAAUAAUCUUAUUGCACUGGGGGACAAGAUUGAUAGCUUCAAUUCCCUGUAUAUGCUAGUUAAGAUGAGCCAUCAUGUAUGGACAGCACAAAACGUGGACCCAGCUUCCUUUCUCAGCACAACACUUGGAAAUGUUUUGGUGACUGUCAAAAGAAACUUUGAUAAAUGCAUUAGUAACCAAAUGAAACAGAUGGAUGAAGUAAAAAUUUCAAAGAAGAGUAAAGUUGGGAUCCUUCCAUUUGUUGCUGAAUUUGAAGAGUUUGCAGGCCUUGCUGAAUCGAUUUUCAAAAACGCAGAGCGCCGAGGAGAUCUAGAUAAAGCCUACAUAAAACUUAUUAGAGCUGUUUUUGUGAGUGUUGAGAAAGUGGCAAAUGAAAGCCAGAAAACACCGAGGGAUGUGGUCAUGAUGGAGAACUUCCAUCGUAUUUUUGCAACACUUUCUCGCUUGAAAAUUUCUUGUCUUGAGUCUGAGAAAAAAGAAGCCAAGCAGAAAUACACUGAUCAUCUGCAGUCCUAUGUAAUCUAUUCACUUGGACAGCCUCUGGAGAAAUUAAAUCAUUUCUUUGAAGGUGUUGAAGCUCGUGUGGCUCAAGGUAUACGUGAAGAAGAAGUUAGUUAUCAGCUGGCUUUCAAUAAACAAGAGCUUCGUAAAGUUAUAAAGGAGUAUCCCGGUAAGGAAGUAAAGAAGGGAUUGGAUAAUCUCUACAAGAAGGUAGACAAACAUCUCUGUGAAGAAGAAAACUUACUUCAGGUUGUAUGGCAUUCUAUGCAAGAUGAGUUUAUACGUCAGUACAAGCACUUUGAAGGGCUGAUUGCUCGCUGCUAUCCUGGAUCAGGAAUUACUAUGGAAUUCACUAUACAGGAUAUCUUAGACUACUGCUCCAGCAUUUAUGGAGACAGCUUGCAAAAGGGGACCACCUGUCGGUUCUACACCAAGUUAGCUGUAGGCGCCUUAGCACGGACCUCACUACCUAGUGCUCUACUGGUUUUUGCAAAGCCUGGUCAUAGUUUAGCAAACAGGCACUUCAGUACCUCGUUACAGCCGCUGCCUUGGGCUUCUAUAGCCCCAUCAGCGGUCGCUGUUGCAGCCCGGAGUGUAGCGCUGUGCCGGGCCGCUUGCGUGUGUCCUUCCCCUAACGCUGGGGAGAGCCGCUCAGCACGAGCUCCUGGUCCGCACGUCGGUCCCUCGUCUCCUCAGAGCUCUGCUGCCUUCCCUUCCCACCCGGGGCAGCGUCUCUGCCGAGGCCCCACUGAAACGUCUCAGCUACUGCAUAGCGGUUUGCUCUGGGACAACAUGCUUUUAACGAUGGGCCUAGUGAGACUGGCAGCGCGGGAGUAUGGGGAAAGGAAAAAUAAACCUAUUUCAAAGGGUAGGUAG